AUCAUUUUCAUGUCGGUUCUGUCGGCAUCGGCAGUUUGCGUUUUUCUAUCUUUUUGGCCAAGUUUUGAAUCUUCUCUGAACCUGGUGAAUCCCAUGAAAUUCAUGAGGCAGUUUUAGGAUUACAGAAGUAAAACUACCAUUGACAAUGCUUCCGAAGCUAACGGAUACUACUCAAACUAUAUCCUUCUCGGAAGGCGAUGGUGUCUGUAGUGCAGAAGUUUUUGCAACAGAUGUAGUAGUAACAACCAAUGCUGGUAACCAUAACCAUGGCAGCUCCAAGGUCAAGCUUCGUAAUCUGGUGGACUACAACUGGGAGCCCAAGUUUUAUCAUGGGCAGCUGCUCGCUAUACACAUUAGCGGGAAAUAUAUGGCAUAUUCUAUAAAAGCAACAAAUCCUCUAAACCCGGGAUCAUGGAGCGGCAUGGUCCGCGUGGUGUACACCCCGGAGCCCGGCACGGAGCGACGCACCCUCAUCAAGGGCAUGAAAGGAGUGGUUCAAGAUUUGGCGUUCGCUCACAUCCAGAAUCAAGUGGUGCUCGCGUGUAUAGACGAGCAAGGGAACUUCUAUGUUCACGAGAUUGAAACCACCGAUGGGAUAAGGUGUACGCUGAUAGCGGAGAUCCGCGAGGACACGGGCGUGGGCGGUGUUGCCGCGCGGGUGGUGUGGUGCCCCUACAUCCCCGACGAGGAGGACACUCAGGAUGACGACGUGGCCAGACUGCUGCUUACCACACACGAUAACAUCGCGCGCAUGUGGAACAUGAGCGCGAUAGUGUCGAGAGUGGAGGGCGGACGCGGGGUUGCGGACGCGGCCGGGCAGCUGCUGGGCGCGGACGGUGCGCUGGCCGCGGCGGAGCACGGCGCCGCCAUCGUGGACGCGGCCUUCUCGCCCGACGGCACGGCGCUGGCCACCGCCGGACAGGACGGCGUCGUCAUGUUCUUCCAGGUGUAUAUGCGCAACGAGUCCAGUCCCCGCUGCCUCCACAAAUGGCAGCCGCACGGAGGGAAACCGCUUUCUUGUCUCUUCUUCCUCGACAACCAUAAGAACUACAACACUGACGUACAAUUUUGGAAAUUCGCCGUCACGGGCGCGGAAAACAACACGAUAAUCAAGAUCUGGUCGUGCAAGUCAUGGAAUUGCCUUCAGACCAUCACGUUCACGCCGACCCUUGGCCCCGAGGGUCCAGUCCUGGGCCUCAAGGCCAUGUUAGACACUAGUGCCAGUUACCUGGUGCUGUCGGACUUUAAGACCAGAAGUUUGUACGUGUUGAAUAUGGCCUGGGACGUGGAUGACACGACAGCGUACUGUAAGAGUAUAGCGGAGUUCUUGCUUCCGUAUCCUGUGUUGAGCUUCUGUAUUGUUGACGCUGAUGAAGAGCAAGUGAAGUGUGAAUCAAGUUGCGACGACCCGUUCCACGCAAACGGAUCAGGCGGGGACACGCCCGAUUCGCCCGAUGAUUUUGAUCUUAAUAAUGCUAGCCCGGAGCCGGCGGAGACGCGGCUGCGGCUGUACAUCGUGCAGCCCAAGGGACUGCAGGAGGGCGAACUCGUGUAUUCGCGUGCGCGGGCGCCGCCUGCGCAUCCUGACGCCGAGCUGUCAGAGCUGUCAUUAGACGACAAGACGAGCGAGUCUCCGGCCGCCGCGUCCAGUAUACUGCAGCAACAGAGCCAGCAACUCAAGAACCUACUCAUGAGGUCGCAGACGCAGCCGGGCACGCUGCUGCAGCGCGCGGAGUCCCCGGGCGCUCCGCCCCAGCUCAACCUCAUGACGCCCGACGCCUUCAGUUCGCCAGGCAAGCGCGACGAGGACGAGCCCCCGCUGUCCGCCACCCCCGACGCGGGCAAGUCCAGGGCCUCCGCCGGCGCAGGCGCGGAGUCGACGCCGGCGCCGCGCAAGCCCGGCUCCGCGGGCUCCAGCCCCAGCCGCGAGGUGCAGCAGAUCAUGUCACUCGAAAGGGACUAUUAUAAACACAUGGAAGAAAAAGAAUCAAGUAACACGCCAGUCAACGACGCCGGUCUAGACGAAGAGAUAUCGCCGAGCGUGUACCAGACAGACAUAUUCCCCGCCGAGUGUCUGCCGCCCCCCGCGCCGCCCGCGCCCCUGGUUCAUUCCAACAGCGACACGUCCUGGCCACAGAUCUCCAUAGCGCAGAUCAACGAAGCGAACCAACGCAAGGCGUCCAGUGACAAGGGGCUGCCCAGCCACUCCCUCGCCAACACCUCGCUGAACAUGACCAAUUCUCUGGCCAACUCUAUGGGUACAUCAGUCCCAGCGCUGGGCAACAGUAGUGGGCACGCGCUGAGCGCGGGCAACUUGGCUGCGGAGCCCGCCGGCCCCGCGCUCUCCGCCGCCGACAGGGCGCGCCUCGACAGCUUGGACCACAAGAUUGAUAAACUCAGAGAACUGAUUCAAGCGCAAAGUCACGAAGUUAGAGCAUUACGCGACGCAGUGGGGAGUCCCCGAGCGUAUCUCGACUCCGCUUUAGAUGAGCACGCGCAGAGGACGGCCAACGCGGUACACACGGCUUUACAUGACGGUUGGGAGCGUAUCUCCCGCGCCGGGGAGACGGCGGCGCGCGCGGCGGCGCAGGCGGCGGGCGUCGGCGCCGCGCGCGCGCUCGAGCCGCUCGCCGUCGCGCUGCAGCACGAGCUGGCGGCCAAGCUCAGCGCCACCGACCAGCUGCUGCGGGACAACAUCGACAAGCUGGCCACCAGCAAGACGGUAAUGGAACGGCUCAGCACAUCGAUAGCCACUUCAUUAUCGGAGAUGGUGCGCGCUUCGUUCCGCUCAGCGCUGCUGGACAACGUGUUGCCUUCCAUGGAGAAGGCGCACGCGCAGAUCUUCAAACAGAUCAACCAGGCCUUCCAAAACGGCGCCAAGGAGUUCGCGUCGAACACGGAAGCGGCGGCGCGCGCGGCGGCGGAGCGCGGGGGCGCGGCCGCCAGCGCGGCGCUGCGCGCGGCGCUCGAGCGACACGCGGCCGCGCUCGCCGCCUCCAGCGCCAGCGCCGGCGUCCACACGCACCACCUCACCGCGCAGAUACAGGAGAUCACGCAUAGCGUGCUAGAGAAGGAGCUGUCGUGGUGGCGCGAUCAAGCUAGGACGGUCGCGCUGCAGCUGUCGCGCGCGCACACGCCCGCCACCCCCGCCUCACACCCCUCCACACACGACAGGGGGAUGCAAGUAGCCGAAAUCCAAUCAUUAAUGAAUCGCGGUGACGCUAACGGCGCGUUCCAACUAGCGUUGUCCGCAUCAGAUUUAGCGUUAGUUGUAGCGGCGUGCAGGGCGUGUGACCCGGCCAUAGUGUUCGCGCCCCCCUGCAAGCUGAAACAGCAUGUCUUGUUGUCUCUGGUCCAGCAGUUAGCUGCCGACAUGACAAGGGACACGCAUCUUAAAUAUAGGUACCUAGAGGAAGCAGUGAUGAACCUGGACACGGCGAACCCUGUGACCCGCGAGCACCUGCCAGUCGUGAUAAGGGAAUUACAGAAGCAGCUGGUGUCGUUCCUGAACGCGUCGCCGGCGCACGCGCUGGCGCGCCAGUUCCGGAUGCUGCUCAUGGCCACCGAGUCCUUGGUGAAGGCGGCCGGGUGAUCCUCGUCUUGUCGGUGCGUAUGUCGCCCGCGAUAGGGGUGUUCAACGCGCGUAUGUUCUCAUAUCUAAGUACAUAUAUUAUAAACCAUACAUAUUUAAUUAUGGCAAAAAAUUAGAGGCUUCUUAAUAUUGAUAUUCGAGACCCUAUUAAUAUAUGCGAGUAAUCAAAAUUUAAUAUUAUCGUUUAUCACCAAAGUUAUUGAGGUUUGCGUUUAUCCCAAAAUAUCAAUGAAUUUAUGGACGUAGUUUGAAACUCCAAUUAUUCCAAUUCACAGUUUAUGGUGUGCACUCGCUCUCGCGUGCGAUGACCCCGGGCAUAGGCAAAAAAUAAAUAAAUAAAAAAGAAUUGCCAGAACUUAUCAAUGAAAAUCGACUUUGUGUGAAGUGCAGCGGGCACUGAGCCUAGCUUUACUAUGAAGCGUUACUACGCUUCAUAGUAAAGCUAGGCUCAUCUGACUACUGUCAGGUGGUGCACUUUAAGUAUAACCCAUUAUUAUAGAUUUUUUUGGAUAAUUUUUCAAUUUCGAUAUUUUAUGUUUUAACUAUGCACAUAUUAUCAGUAAUAGGUAUUCCAUUUUAUUUUUUGCCACAAUUAAAAGUUUAUGGUGUAUAUAUGAGCGUUUCGGUUACUUCCACAGCUAUAGGGUGAUUUUAUGAUCUCUGGGGACUAUUGUCUACAGUCCGUGAUACUGAAUCUCUAUGUACCUCGAAAUCGCGAAAAAAAAUUUAGGUGUUCCAUACAUCUUCCUCUUUAGAUUUUUUUUGUAUGGAACAGCUGAUUUUUUUCGCGAUUUCAGAGUUGCUCCUAUACGAGUCUAAUUCACCCUGUAUACUCUCUAAUUAAUAUGGGAAUUCAAUUUCAAUUGUAAACAAAAAUGUUUUGUAUAUCUCUCGCGUUACGUUACGAUAUUUGAACAAGACAGUAUAUAUUUAAAUUAAAGUUGGUUAUUUAUAGUUUAUAAUAUUUUCAUAGAAAUAUGGCAUCAUGUAGUCGAUCUAAAAUCUAUAUUUCUAGAUCUGAUUGCUCGAUUUUAAUAUGUUCAAUUUCGAAAUUAGCUAGUGUAUGUUAGGAAAAACACAAUAAAACAUUUAACAACCUUCUAAGUACAUACGCGCGUCGAGUACAACCAAAGUCGACUUAAUGAUAUGUGAUAUGAGUGGACACUUCGCGUGCUAGUGAGGAGAGAAGACAAUCAAAGACUCGAAAGUGCAAACUUAAAAUGUGCUGUUUAAUUAAAUUAUUAAAUAGGCUAUAAUUAGGCAUGCUUGGUGCAGUGAUUGGUAUAUUUUUUUAUAUAAUAUAUCUAUCUAUCGCGUGUUCCUGGUUUUCGGGGGCUGUGAUGCCGCUGAUCCCGAUUAGGUCUUAAUUAGAAGAGAAACGGGACAGAGCGUUAAUAUUACUGCUUUGUAUGAAACAGGUUGGAAAAUGUAUAGAAAUGUUCUAUCUCAUUUUAUUGCAAUAAGUUCAUUGUCUUUUAGUCUCCUACGUCUUUGCAUAAAACAUAUAAAAUUUAUAUCAAUCACUGUAUUGACUCAGAAAUUGUGGAGUUUAGUGGUAAGCAGUCAUAUUAUAGAUAUAUUUUAAUAACAAAUACAGCUAUGUGACUGUUAUGUUACUCUUAAGAUAUUACUAUUAUUGUGACAUAUUGACGUGUUGUGAAAAUUUUCACAAGAAUGUACGUAUGAAAAUUUGUAUUACUAAUUUUUUGAUUGUUUAUGUUGUAAUAAAGAUUGAACUGAAACUACAAUUAAUGUUUUCUCAAGUGAAUAACAAUUAAACACACUUGUCCUUAACGAAUGGCCUUGAAAAAUGGUCAUUAAAUGUUUGUAUCUGUUUGUCAUUUUGAGCAAUGGUACACUAUCAGCAGAACAGGUCAAACUUACGCUAAUAUUCACAGCUCCGCUUAAAUUCCCUAUUACAAUUACAUACCUCCCUAAUCUGAUUUAACUAUGAAAUCAAAUCACGGGAUUAUAUACAGAAAUAAACAAUAUGCGAUUUUUCACA